AAAUUAUAUAUUAAAAAAAUGGUUGAAAACAAAGGUGAAAGAAAGAUCUGCUGCUGCAUUUGCAAAUGGCUUUGAGCUCACAAAUAUCACCAAUUCAUUCCUUAACAAAUUCAGUUCCAUUGACAUGUUUUAAAGCAUCAAAGCUCUCAUUGCAUUUCAACCCUCUCAAACCCACUACUCCUCUGAGUCUCAGAACAACAAAACUUCAUCUUCAUCUUGUUAAAUUUAACAGACAAAGAACAACAAGUCCCAGAGCAACCCUUGAUGACGUCCAAAGAGACCAACUUUCCUCAACCCCACUUCUCAUUGAGGACGACAAUCCCAAAAAGGAAGUAGAAGAAAGUGUGCAAGUGUUAAAAAAUGCAGCUAAGACAAGAAAGGUAGCAGCUGAGGAGGUUCUCUCUGCACUGUCUGUCAUUGAGAAAGCGAAAAUUGAUCCUUCUGGUUUUUUUGACAUCCUUGGCGGAAAGGAAUCCCCUGGGAGGACCUGGAUGCUAAUUUUUACUGCAAAGAAACAAUUAAAAGGUGGUGGAUAUUUCCCUCUCACUGCUGUUCAAAGGUUCGAUGCUGCUGCAAAGAGGAUCGAAAAUGGUGUAUAUCUUGGACCAAUUGGACAGUUAACAUUUGAAGGGAGACUUUCAUGGAAAAACAGAAUACUGGCUUUCAUUUUUGAGAACCUUCGAAUAAAAAUUGGACCUCUGAAACCUCUACAGAUCAGCCUAGGAAAAAAGGAAGACACAGAACCAAAUACCAAGAGUCCUUUUUUUAUCUGGUUUUAUGUUGAUGAGGAAAUAGCUGUUGCUCGAGGCCGCAGCGGAGGCACUGCAUUUUGGUGUCGAUGUCGUCAAGUCAACAUUUGAUUUUUCUUAACUUCCUUUCAAGUGUCUUUCCUUCCUUUCCUUUUCAACUUCUGAGUUGUUGACUGAAUAGAAAGAAAGUUUCAUGUAGAUAAGGUAUUAAACUUGUUUGUACUUAUGUAAUGCAUAGUGUAUACAUGAAAUCCAGGAAACCGAAAUAUAUAUACUUUGAAUUGAAGUUUUUGUUUCA